GAAAAUGAAGAUGGUGAAGAAGAUGAUGAUGAAGAGGCAGAUGAACAAGAAGAAACUGCUGUGGCUUGCAAGACAACAGGCCUUCCUGGGUUGCCCAAAACCGUGGCUCUUGGUACAACAGAGCAAUCAGAAAUGGCUAAUGAAAAUGUCAACCAACCUGGACGGGACAUGAUGGAGGAUAGUGUCUCAGGAGAUAGUCCUCUGAAGGUCAGAACAUAUCAAGAAGAAGAGGCUUCAGAAAAAAUGGACAUGAAAGAAACAAUUCCUGAAAAGAUGCUUUUUGGAGGUCUAAUUCCAGGGAUUCUCGAUUUAGAGGAUGGUUGCCUUGUGUCAGCUGUCAGAGUCGAGGCGAGAUUCUCUGAUGAGGAGGACAACAAGGAGGCCAAUGAUAGUCCAAGUCCUCCCGCAGAAUGUGAAACUUCUUUACCAAGUGUGGACAGAACAUCGAACAGAAAUCCAGUUGAGAGCAAGAAUGAAAACCAAAGUGAUGAUGAUGAUUGGGAGGAUGAUGACGAUGAAGAUGAGGAGCUGUUGAAAACUGAGAAGAACAUUUUAGAAGUGGAGACUUCUCAGGGGACAGCCACUGAAUGUGAUCCACAACUUCAAGAUGAAACUGAUGAUGUUCCUCUGAGACAAAAUGAAGGAAUAACUGAUCUUGACACCAGCAAUCUGGAUGUGCCUUCAGCAUCACCUAAGUCAAAGGCUGUAACUACUGCAGAUGAUGAUGAGGAUGAUUGGGAUGAUGUUGACGAGGAAGAAGAAGUGCAAACAAAGAAGCCACUGAACCUAUUUCUGACAUUGCUGGGACCAGAGAGCCCUGAGGUAUCUUGGGAGUCUGGCUCAGACAAAAGUGAUGGGACGCCUGAAGGAGAUAAGGAAUCAAACAUGGAGAUGUCAAAUGCAGAAAAAGACCAACAUCAAGAGGCUUUGGUUCAGGACGACAACACUUCAAAAAGGGCAUCUUUAGAACCUAUUGAGCACCUUUCCCAUAGUCCUUUACAUGAAGAACCUGGGUGCAUUGAUCAGAGUCAUGACAGUGGAGCUAUACCAGUGUCCAUGAUUGUUGGUCAAAGUGAUGAAGACCAGAGUAUAAGUCAAGAGCACGACAGCCAAGUGAAGCAAAUGCAGUAUGACUUUGCAAGCGGCUCGGUCAAGGUUUCUGAAAUAGAUCAGAUCUCUGAUGUCUCUGACAAUGAAUCUCUGCCUGAAGAAUAUGAUGUAUGUAUUAAUGAUGCAGAUCAACCACAGGCUUCAAAUCUCUCCAAUAGUAGCCCAAAAUGUUCUGCCACUUCAAGUCCAGCACAAUUUGAAAAACCAUUGUUGAUGAGAUCUCUCUCAAAUAGCCCCAAACCAUUAAAUGCAAUGAGCCCCGUUCCAACAAGUCCUAGUCCCAAACACGCACCAAGUCCAAGGCAAUCUGCUGGACUCAACAUUCAUCAACAUUCAACUGCAAGUAGUCCACAAAACUCAAGUUCCUCAAGCCACUCACCAAGUCCCCAACAUUGUAGUCCAUCAACUCCAAUGAUUGUCCAUCUGGAUCAAGACUCACAGGACAUGAUCAAAUCUACAAAUCCAGAAUCUCCUCAACAUUCAAGCCCUGACUCUCAAGUUGAGGAUGACCUUUCCGUAGAGUUCGCAGAUGAACGCUCAACAGAGGUGAUUGAACCAGAACCAGCUCUUCAAGAAGAAAUCCCCUACACCGUCAUAGAUGAAGUUAAUCUCACUUCUGAUUCUGAUGAAGAUGAUGGUGAGGAACAACUUGAGAAGUUGCAUGAACAGAACUCUGCAAAUAAAUCUGUAAUGGAAGAAAGACGUUCAAAGCACGGAUCAUUACAGGAAGAGGCCUCCACAGAGGAUGAGGAAGAGGAGGAUGAGAGGGAAGAACCGGAGGAAAUGUGUGAAAAGGCUAAAGAUCCUCAAAAUGGUGGUACUAGCAAAGAAAAGCGAAGAGAUUUCCUUUCAGAAUUGGGACUCGAAAAGGAAGAUGAAAAUGACGACUCUCCAUGGGAUUCAGAGUCUGGUUCUGAGAGCCCACAGAAGAAACAGGCCAGUGCUCCACACACUCCUGCCAAAUCACAUAGAUCUAUGUCCAGUAUUCGUGAGGAGAAUACUGAAGUUUUAAGAAAGGAUGAGGAUGAUGAAGAAGAGAAGGAAACUGAAAUACCACCUAAAGUGGUCAAAAGAGAGAUCGUGUCUGUUCUUAGUAAGCUGAUGGAUUCAAAAGAAGCUAAUAAGAAAACAGAUCUGAUGGAAGAGCUUGGUUUGGGGGAUGCUGAUGAUCUUGAAGAUGCUUCAGACUGGGACUCUGCCAGCACCACCAGUAAGGCCAGUAAGAAAUUCCCAGUUCAUAAGCUGGAUGAGGAACCCGUCUUUGAAAGCCCAGCAGCUUCCGCACUACCCAUAACAUCCGAGGAACAGGACGUGGACACCAGAGAACAUAAAGAAGCCAGUCCAGAGAGAAACAAACCCACAACCUCAAGCACAACACCUCUACCUAGUCCACGAUCUCUCAACCCAAACGCCAGCUCAAAACCACAAUCACUGCCACGACUGCGCUUGGACUCCAAUCAGAGGCCGGAGAGUGAAGAAUCGGACUGGGAUUUGGAAACUUCCAGUCCAGCCAAGAUGACAAAUUCACUGCCAAAUGUCGCUGAGCCUGAUGCAGUUCAUCGGCAGGAACCCAAAGCUGAAGAUGUCAAGAGUGAAGACAGUUCUUACGCAAGUGAAGAUGCAGAUCAGGGUAAUAAGGAACAGUUGGAUGGUAUGAGGGGAGAACAGCAGCCCAGUGCUUUAUGGGAUACUAGAGGAACCAGAGAACGAGGUGAACUUGACCAAGGAGAAGGGAAGGAAACUGACAACAACUCUGGGAACCCGAAACCUCAACAGGAAGAGAUGGCUGACGGCAGGUCUUUGGGAAGAGAGGGUAGUGUUUCACCAAGACAUCUGACAAGAAGUCCAAGAAGUACUGACAGGGCACGGCCACAUGGUGAGGAAGACGAAGAGGAGGAAAAGAAAACUGUAGGUAGCCAAGCCAGAAAUCUCCGUGUAGCUCCCCCUCUGCAGGGCAAACCCUCCCGACCUGCGACCCACCAUAACGGAGACCUCGAGUCUGUUUUUGAUGAUAGUACUUUAAGUGAGCUAUCGGAAGAGGACAGGAGGUCCCCUUCUUCAAGGCGUAAGAAAGAGCAGAGUACUGGAGAACUGGAGAUGGCGGAUGAUUUUGAAGAUCUCACCCAGUCUUCUGACACAGCCACUGAGGAGCUGGAGACUCCAGUAUCUGGAUACCACAAUGCAUCUCUGCUCUUCAAACAGCUCGACUCCAGCUAUCUGGACUCUGUGAGUGUGGUGAAACUACAGAACAUGUUUCAUGAGUACGAACGCACCAUCCAGAGGGAGAGAGACAGACAUAGCCGUCUGGCGGAUAAAACCUCUCAGCUGGAGCAGGAACGCAACGAGUUUAAGAUCCUGCUGGAUGAUAUCAGAGGCAGCAAGUCCAGCCUAGAACAUCUCAAACUGGAGCUGGAAACGGAUAUGAACAAUCUCAAGUUCCUUUUGAGACAGGAACAGGAAAAGCAUCAGAGUGCUCUCAUGCUGUAUAAUAAAACCCGUGAGCAGCUCCAGAGGAAAGAGGAGCAGCAGCGAGCCGAGGCCGAAGAGUGUCACAAAGCCGAGCUGAAAGUCCGCAGUCUGGAACUGGAGAUCAGAGCCCUAAAGAACAGCAUAAAACAGCUUGAGGAGGACAGGGAUGAGUCUCAGCGUCUUCUGUCUCAUGAGCGCAGUGCUCGCGCCCUACAGGAGGAGUUACUCAACAACCACCUGCAUAAGCAGCAGAACAUUGAGAAGGAGAACCUUCGAAACCUCAACAAGAGCAAUGAGGCCAUGUCACAGCUUACAGAGGCAUCGGACCGUGAGCGAGAGUUGAUGCAACAAAACCGAGCCCUACAGGAUGAACGGAACGGCGCUCGGGCCGAGCUGGACCGCUCACAGUGCCACAGCCGACAGGAAGAGUCACGGCUGGCGGAGGAGAGAGACGUCCUACGCGAGAGACUGGAGGAUGCCCGCAGGGACAUGAAACUGAGUGAGGAGGCCUUGGCUCAGACUGUGUUUCAGUACAACGGGCAGCUGAGCGCGCUGAAGGCCGAAUGCUCAGUGAUCACGGCUAAACUGGAGCACGAGAGGCAAGUGAGGCAGCAACUGGAGGCCGAGGCCGAGGCGAGCAGGGCACGACUGCAGGUGGCGCUGCAGGAGGCCGAGAGAUGCCAGGCAUCACGCACAGAUGCAGAGCGCACUCUCCAGCGAGACCGUGAGGAGCACCAGCGGGCGCAGGAAAAGCACAUCUUUGAGUCCAGUACACAACGGGACACCAUCCAGUCCCUGUCCCAGAAACUCAGCAAGGCCGAGGCGCGCGCCAACAGCCUGGAGAACGAGUGUCACCGCAAUGCUCUGACCAUCGCUGAGAAGGGCGUACUGUUGGAGACUCUGGCCCGAGAGAAAGACCAGGCCCUGGCCAAACUCAAAGAACUGGAGGCCACGGUACUGAACGAACGGGAGCAGGCCAGCCGUGCUGGGGCCAGACAGGAAGCCAUGCAGGAGAGACUGGCCCAAGCUCAGAGUGAGAACGCGCUGCUACGACAACAGCUGGAGGAGGCGCUCAACAAGGGCUCGGCGAAGGAUAAAGCCGUUACAGAUGUGCACCAAAACUUUGCCGAAAUGCUGAACCAGUUACGUGCAGACGGAGAGGAGAGAGUCCAUCUGGUGGAGGAGAGAAGCAAAGAGCUGGCAAAGACAAACAGCGAGCUGAGAGAUCAGAAUUACAAACUAGAGCAGGAGAAAGCUGAUAGAGAGAGUUCUCUGAGGCAGCUGCAGCAGGAACUGGCUGACUGUCUGAAGAAGUUGUCCAUGUGUGAGGCUUCUCUGGAGGUCAACACACGGUACCGUAAUGAUCUGGAGGAAGAGAAGGCACGCACGCUCAAGGACAUGGACAGAUUGAAGGGAAAGCUGCAGGAGUCUGAGGAAGUGUACGUCCAGGCCGAGAGACGCAUCAGCCAGCUGAAGAGCUCUCUGGACGACAAGGAGCGAGAAGCCUGCAGUACCGCUCAGAAACUAGGGGAGGCGCUAGCUGCUUCCACAGGCAAAGAGCAAACCAUUAAACAGCUGGAGGAGGCAGUGCAGAGGUUAGAGAUCGAGAACGCCAGACUGGAGGCCACAGCCAAACAGCAGACCAACCGCAUCGAGGUGCUUCAGAAGGGCGUUCAGGAGGGCGCUGUGCGAUCAGGCUCAUCACCUGGAGAAGGGGUCAGGAAUCGUUUGGGAGAUAUUGUCACAAACCUGCAGAGCAGUAAGAUGACGCUAGAAGAACAACUCAACCGAGAGGUACAGAAGCAGAGUAUGCUAUCCCACAAUGCCCAGGACUCACAAGCACUGUGGGAGGAGGAGCUAAAGAGCCGCUCACGACUGGGACUCCGCCUCUCUGAGCUGGAGAAAGAGAAAGGAGAACUGACCAAUCAGAUGGAGCUCGAGAAGAAAAAGGCCAAAAAACUAGCCGAGCAGAAGAAAUCUGUGGACACGCGUCUGGAGCAGGAGAUGAAGAGAAACACUGACCUUCAGAAAGAAAUGUACAGGUUGAAAACUCUGUUGAAGACUGCUAAGAAGCAGCUGCGUGAACAGGGCGGUGGACAGCUGGACUCUCCUCUGGGCAGCUUCAGAGGAGACAUGAGCCACCGGCUGGAGGCAGAGAGCGCCGUCAGCAGAAUGAAGACCCGGGUGGAUGAGCUGCAGUCUCAGUACGAGCGGGAGGCGUCGCGCUGCUCGCGGCUGGAGGAGGUGAACAGACAGCUGAAGGAGAAGCUGUCGUCUGUGAAGAGCCUGAGCCGAAGCCACGAGCAGCUGGAGCGCAGCAAGAGGCAGCUGGAGGAGGAGGUGGCCAGUCGGCGGCGGCAGCUGGAGGCCGGUGUGAUGGACCAGAGCCAGGCCGAGCAGUACCGCCGGGAGACGGAGGAAAGAGCCCGACAGGAGAUCCGACACAAACUAGAGGAGGUCAACCUCUUCCUGCAGACGCAGGCGGCGUCUCAGGAAGCUCUGGAGCAGAUGAAAGCUGCUAAUGAGGCCAGUCAGCGCACUCAGCAGGAGCAGCGCAUCAGGGAUCUGGAGGGAGAACUCAGCCGUUUACGCAGCAUUCAGCAGGACAGUCUCGUUCAGAGAGACUCCAGCCACACAGAGUUGGAGCGCUACAAACAGCUGUACAGCGAAGAGCUCCGCCUCCGCAAGAGUCUGGCUGCCAAACUAGAGAGGUCGAAUGAGCGGUUAGCGGAGGCCAACACUAAACUCCUGAGCGAGAGGCAGCGCAGCAAAUCUCUGCUCACCAGCAGUAUAGUGAACGGCGGUUUAGGGGGCCCCGCUCUGGAUGUGGCAUCUCUGGGCUCCGUGGGGGCAUACGGAGCCUCUCUGGGACCCCUGAACAGGAGCCUGGGCCUCGGGACGCCUCUGCUGGGUACGGUAGGGGAAUCGCAGAGCAGCCGCGUAGAGGCCUACCUGGCAAAGAUGCAGACGGAGCUGGAGAAGAACAUAUCGAAGGAGCUGGACUACGGAGGAACUGCCCGCAUGUCCCCCGUAGGAUCGGCCUCUGGAUCUCAGAACCUGAACGUGACCCUGGAGCAGCCGGACCCCGUGAGCAGAGCCACUCAACAGUACCUGGAGGUGCUGAAGAAGAACUACAUGAUCUGACCCGCCCGCGGUCAGUCCACACACUGUGAACACAAUCAACUCGAGCGCCAUAACCCACUCGAGAAACACUGAUGAACCGCCCUAAAAGCCCUAUGGAUUUAUAAAACAGGAGUUUGUUUACUAAAGCAGUUAUGGUGCCUCUUUGUGGUCAUUAAUGGAACUGGUCCUGUUCUCCCAAAAAUUUGCUGGCCAUCUAAAGAUGAGUUUGUUUCUUCAUCAAAU